AUGGAUCUCAUUGAUGAAAAUGGAACCUGGGAUAGUGUUUUGCUAGAACCAUUGACAGAAGAAUCGUUUCUCACAAAUUUGAGUUGUAGAUAUGACUCAAAUACUAAUUAUACUUACAUGGGAAAUAUGCUUAUUGCUGUGAAUCCAUAUAAAGAAGCACAUCAAGUUUCUAUACCUCUAUGUCGAAUCUAUAUGUCACCAAGAUCAGGCCAUUUACCGCCACAUCUCUAUGCUAUAGCUAGUUGGGCUUUUCGAUGGUUGGUAGAUGCUGCUCAAGAUCAAUGUGUUGUCCUACAAGGUAUUUCUGGCUCAGGUAAAAGCCAUUCUAUUUCAAUGUUGCUGCAUUGUUUAUGUGGGACCAAUAAUCACAAUAAUUUGCUCAAUCAACGUUUGUUGAAUGCUAACAUCAUAUUAAAUUCAUUUGGGAAUGCCAAAACACAUAUACAUAGUGAUGCUUCUCGUUUUAUAAAACAUGUUGAUCUAGAAUUAAAUUUUAAAGGGGAUAUUGUGGGUGCUACAAUUACAGGAUAUUUAUUGGAUAAAUCGAGGGUAACGUCGCAAAGUGCAUUGAAUAGGAAUUUCCAUAUAUUUUAUCAACUAAUUUAUGGUGCUGAUAUUCAUUUAUUGAAAUCCUUAAAACUUACCAGAAAUUCAGAAAACUAUGUUUACUUAAAAUGCAGCAAUCGUAUUAGACAAAUUGAUGUUGUUAAUUUUCAAUCAGAAUAUCAAUCAAUAAAGUAUGGAUUUGAGAUUUUGGGAUUUAGUGAAUCUGAAAUAACCAGUAUUUUUAAGAUUAUUAGCAGUAUAUUAAAAUUGGGCAAUUUAAAUUUUGUACCAACUAAUAACAUCGAUGGAACUGAAGGGUGUAUUAUUACAAAUGAUUAUGAGUUAUAUGAGCUUGGUGAACUAUUAGGUACGGAUGGUGAGGCUUUAACAAAAGUUCUUACAUCAUCAGUAUUAUCAUCUGGAAUUUCUGCAAAAGAAGCUCGUUAUAUUAAGGAUUUGCUUGCUCAGUCAUUGUACACUAGGUUAUUUUCAUGGUUGAUAACAAGACUCAAUCAAAGUGUUAAAGCUGAAGCAAAAUAUAAACGAAGAAAUUUAGGCUUUUUAGAUGCUUUUGGUUUUGAUUAUUCUGACAGUCAGAUGGAUUGGGAUAAUUUUGUGUUGAAUUCCUGCAAUGAUAAAAUCCAUAAUUUAGUAAUAACAGCAACAUUGAAAGAUGAGCAACAAGAAUAUGCGAUGGAAAGAGUUCAAUGGUGUCUUAUUCCAUUUUAUGAUAAUACAUCAGUUUGUGAACUAAUAUUCAAGACAUAUGGAGGAUUAUUGAGUAUAAUGGAUGAUUUAAUAUUAGAUAGCAAUAGUAUAUCAGUUUUUAAACGAAUUUGUGCACUACAACGACAGUACAGCUCAUCGUCUUCUGAAGACCAAAUCAGUUCUGGAGUUGAGCAAAUCUCAUUGAAUGACAGUUUUAUGUUAAAUCAUUUUAUGGGCCCAGUUAAGUAUAAUAUUAAUACUUUUGUUGACAAAAAUAAAAACAGUUUGAGUCCAUUGUUAUGUUCUACUAUGUAUAACAGUACACAUCCAUUAUUGAAGUCUUUGUUUCCUGAAGGAAAUCCAGAAAGAAUGUCAUCAUUUACUGUUUCCAAUCCAGCCAGUCAAUUACGUGUUUGGGCAGAAGCAUUUUCUGCAACAUUAUCUGGUCGCCGUUGUCAUUAUGUAACAUGCAUAUCACCUAAUCGUCAUUGUCAAGUAAACUUUUUUGACUCUUCCUUUGUACAGCAACAAGUUAGAUGGUUUAGCCUUGUAGAAAUUGUUCGGUUGCGCAGAUCAGGUUUCUGCUAUCGACUUACAUUUGAAGAAUUCCUUGCACGGUAUAAAAUGCUUAGUCCAGCAACAUGGCCUAGACCUCGGUAUGGAAAUACAGCUCGUUCUAUAAGGGCGUUGGUUGUGUGCUUACCAAUACCUAGUGCAGAAUUUGUGUAUGGUGUAUCCAAAGUGUUUGUACGGUCUCCAAGGUCCGUAUGGGAAUUAGAACAGUUGAGGGCAGAACGUCUUAACCAACUUGCAGCUUUGGUGCAAGAAGCUUGGCAUAGACAUAAAAGACAAAAUUCUUCUCAAAACUUAUCAAAUAAAUAUCAACAUUUUAGGUGUAGGAUUACUGAUACACUUUCAGCUGCCAAAUGUAUUACUAGAACCGUUUUAACUUGGCAGAAACGUCAAUAUUUGAUGAGAUUAUCAAGAAGCUUAAGUGUAGCUACUGAGUCGCCUAUUUGUAGAGCUUGGAUACCAUUGUCGAAUCCUCGAUUUGCGCACACACACUAUUUAUUAGAGACACUACACCACAAAUGGAGAUGUCAUAAAUAUCGGAAUAAAUUUGAUCAGACAUCAAGAAAUCGUAUGCGUGAGAAAGUCAAUGCCAGCAUCAUAUUUAAAAAUCGUAAAGCAAGCUAUGGUCAGAGUGUUGCCCACCCAUUUAUUGGUGAUUAUGUCCGUCUAAGACAACAUACUCAAUGGCAAAAGACUGCCUUGCAGUGUGAUGAUCAUCAUGUAGUGUUUGCGGAUAUAGUAAACAAAAUAACACGGAGUAGUGGAAAAUUUGUGCCAACUCUUCUUGUGAUUUCAACAAAGUCCAUGUUAAUAUUAGACCAUAGAACCUUACAAGUGAAAUACAGAGUACCAGCUGCAGAUAUUUAUAGAUUAUCAUUAUCACCAUUUUUAGAUAAUGUUGCAGUAUUUCAUAUAAAAUCAGCGUAUGUGGGAUGUACCGAAGAAGAAGAUGACUUGGGUGGGGAGUGGUCACCAUCACCAAGUGGCUGUUUAUUUCACCAAGGACCUGCUGUUGGUCCUUCAGAUAGUACAUAUAAAAAAAAGGGAGAUAUUGUUCUUCAAACUAGUCACGUCAUAGAAAUAGUCACCAAACUGUUUUUAGUUAUUCAAAAUGUGUCUGGUAGUCCACCAGAUGUAAACAUAUCUACUCGGUUUGAUGCAAGUUUUGGUGACCAAACUGUCACCAUAGCAUUCAAAUAUUUAGGAUUACCGGACAUAGCACCAGGUCAAAUCAAAAUUGUUCGUAAAACAAAUAAGAUGGAGAUAUUUGUAUAA